GUCGAGACCGUCGAGAUACCGUAAGUGCCAUGUCAACCGCCGAGAUCGCGGAGCUGCAGCGAACGGUGGCGGGCAUCGCUACUUCGGUAGCGGCGCUCGCCACCCGCCUCCCUCCCUUGGCCACGGAGGAGGUCGAGCUUCAACACAUCUUGGAUUUUCUCCAGGAGCACUGGGGCGCUGAGAAGCGCGCUGAGCGCUGCAGGGCAGCCCUGACGAGCUUCCCCCGACCACGACUCCCGUUCGCCACGGUGCCGGAGUUGAAUCCGGAAAUGAAGGCCCUGGCGAAGGAGAGGAGCCGCCGCCCAGAGGGUGGCUCGGAGGUGCCCGCAAACAUCACGGCGCGGGACCAGGCGCUGAAAGAGGGCCAAGAUGCAGUGGCUGCGGCCAUGGGGCCACUGGUGGGCCUUUUAAAAAUCGGCCUCUCGGAGGAGGCAAUUGAAAGGAGGACUGUAGCAGACCACUUGGGUGCAGCUGCUGCCCAUCUGGGGCGGCUCUUUGCGUCACUCUCCCGCGAGCGCCGGAAGGGGGUGAUCGCACGAGUCACCCCAGACCUCCGCCAGAUGGUGGCCCAUGACGGCGGGGAGGAAGAAUCCCCCUUGCUGUUUGGAGAGGGCAUCCUGGGGCAGCUCUGAACGAAGAAUGAAACCAUCAAGGUGCUCCGGGAAGCCCACCAACCACCCCCUCCCGCCGCGGAGCCACCAGCCAAGAGGCCCCGUGGCUCGGCUACCCCAGGGACCAGCGCUCAGAGCCGAACGGGGGCCCAGCAGCCCUUUCACAGGGGGCCCCCUUCCCGAGGGUACACGAGGGGGGCCUACCUCCACCAAGGAUAUUGAGGCAAGUGUAAACCCGCACCUCUUAGCGCUACCGCCCGCGGGCCGACUGGCAUAUUGCCGCGAGGCGUGGAAGCUACUCACUCACGAUGCAUGGGUCCUUCAGACAAUACAGGGGUACAAGCUGGAGUUUACACAGGUACCACCUAUUCAAGGGUAGCACAGCGUGCCGACCCGAGGGCAGUCAAAUCAGGUCCGGGAGGCAGUGUCCGAGCUGGUCAAAAAAGGAGCAGUCUCUCGGGUACCGCCUUCCGAAGUGAAGUUCCUCUCCCCCUUCUUUGUAGUAGCAAAGAAGGACAACAAGGUGCACCCAAUCCUAGAUCUCAGACAACUAAACGAGUCGUUGGAACACAGCCACUUGAAGAUGGAGGGGUGUCACUCGGUGAGGGAUCUUACCCAACAGGGCGACUCCAUGAUAUGUAUCGACCUGAAGGACGCAUA